UUCGAAUCUACGAAUCUCUCCGCGCACAGUGGCCGAGUGUUGCGGAGUGCAGAGGUGGGAGCGUGUCAAUCGUACAUGUCGUGAUGGAUGAGGUUUCGACAAACGAUCCGGGAGGUGGAGAAAGCGGAGGAACGUUGAUAUGCGCCGGUUGUCUCAAUGCCAUCGACGAGGAUGAAUUUAUACAGGCACUAAAUCAAGAAUGGCAUAUUGAUUGUUUUCGAUGUUCGGUUUGUGAUGUCGGCCUAUCUUCUUGGUACUUUGAAAAAGAUGGCUUGCUGUUUUGUAAGGACGACUAUUGGGCCGCUUACGGCGAAGCGUGUCAGGGCUGCAACCAGAUCAUCACAGGCCCGGUUAUGCUGGCGGGCGAUCACAAAUUUCACCCAGAAUGCUUUGCCUGCACCUCUUGCGGCGCUUUCAUCGGGGAUGGCGAGAGUUACGCUCUCGUUGAACGUUCCAAGUUGUACUGCGGAAUAUGUUACAAGCGGCAGAUGCAGCCGCUCAACAAAACAGCGAAUUACCCCUUCGCCAGGAAACCCCACAGCAUCAGGCUGGUUGAAAUACCUCCCAGUACGACAGAUCCGGAUAAACAGAGAGGCAUCAAACUCACGCUGGACACAGCUCCCAGUCCCCGUAGUUGCGGCGCGUUGUUGCGUAUUUCGGAGUUAAUGAGAAAUGUUCGUGGAAAGAUCAGUAAGCUGCUGGCCUCUGUGAUGGAGGUUCUAUUUAGGCUAUGCUGCCACUUCUCUAAUCAUAGAUUAAACAUGUCCAAUGAUCUGAUAUCGUUACACAUUGGCGACCGAAUCUUGGAAAUAAAUGGCACUCCCGUUAAGGACCAACCGGUGGAAAACAUCGAAAAUCUUAUACAAUAUUCGGAUACGGUUUUACAAUUGACUAUCGAGCACGAUCCAGAUGCGGUAUCGCGACGGCCCACGUUCUCGUCACCGUCCUCGGCGAUGUUGUCAUGCGUAAACAGUCCCAGAACGAGUCCCGAAGGUAAGGAACGACUGUUUAAACGUCGGGACGAAGGUUAUAUCAGCGGUGCGCGGAGCCGACAACUACGAAGAACGCGAGAUCCGAUGCACAAGGAACGCAGCAGUUCUAUGUCGCGAUUGCUCGACGGAUCUUCUCCAACGAAUCCUACUUACGAUCUGAGCCGAACCAGAUCUUUUCGCGUAGAGCCAAAGAAUCAGAGAAUAUUCCGAGCGAGCGAUCUGGUAAAGGGCGAACUUCUAGGCAAAGGAUUCUUUGGACAAGUGUUCAAAGUCACGCAUCGCGACACGAAUGAAGUAAUGGUCCUCAAAGAAUUAUACAGAGUGGACGAGGACGCUCAGAAGAACUUUCUAAAAGAGGUUGCGGUAUUGCGUUCGUUACACCAUAACAACGUUCUUCGAUUUAUCGGUGUUCUUUAUAAGGACAAGAAACUGCAUUUGGUUACCGAAUACAUAGCGGGUGGCACAUUGAGAGCCCUGCUUCACGACACGAACGAACCAUUGCCGUGGGAACAGCGUACAUCUUUCGCGAAAGACAUCGCUGCCGGCAUGGCUUACUUGCAUUCCAUGAACAUCAUUCAUCGCGAUUUGAAUUCGCAUAAUUGCCUCGUUCGCGAGGAUAAGACCGUGGUUGUCGCCGAUUUCGGCCUGGCGAGAAUUAUUCAGAACGGCAGCUCGCCAGACAAUCGCAAAUACAAUCGACAUUCCGAUGGCGAGGUUAAAACCUCGAAGAAAGAGCGAAAAAAACGAUAUACGGUUGUCGGGAAUCCUUAUUGGAUGGCUCCCGAGAUGAUGAAAGGCAACAAGUACGACGAAAAAGUCGAUAUAUUCAGUUUCGGCAUUGUUGUUUGUGAAAUCAUAGGUCGAGUUCAGGCGGAUCCUGAUUACCUGCCCAGAUCGUCAGAUUUCGGUUUAAAUCAAAAUGUCUUUAAGGAAAAAUUUUGCUCCAAUUGUCCAGAAACCUUCUACAUGAUCGCGUUUCUUUGCUGUGAUCUAAAUCCCGACAAAAGGCCACCGUUCGAGGUCAUGGAGGUCUGGUUGGAAGGAUUGGCAAUGCACUUGUCGGUAGGCGCCGAAUUGCCAGCGGAUUUGGACUUUGAUAUCAGGAAUUACAAAGGACCGAGUCCGAGCAGCAGCGAAUCCACGACUCCGGAAACUCUGGCCCCGCAACUGAAACCCAUAAAAGAGGGCCAAGUGCAUCAAGAAAAGAAACGGUCUAGCGGUUGCGACGACAGCACUCUAGAACGCGAAACGGAGCCUAGCAACACGCUUCAGGUGCCUGAGGUAGUGAGCCCGCGUAAUAGAUACGCGAGACAGAACAGCAAGAGCAACGACAGUAACUCGAGCAAUUCGGGACGAUACUCGAGACAAAAUUCCAAAUCAAAAGAUUUUAUAUCCGACAAGGAAAAGCCUGAUAUUGUGAUCUCGCCCGAUUCCAGCGGUUUCAGCGGACGGUAUCUUAGGAAUAACAAUAUCAAAUUGAAAGACACGUCUGCAUCCGACAUUCCAAACACGUAUUCCUACUCGAAGCAGAUCGACGCGAGCGAAUACAAUUCAACCCGAGUACCCGCCGUAGAAAAGAUGAAGUACGUGGGAAACGCGAGUCCGUGUACGGUUUCCGACGCUUCGGAAUAUAUAAUCGAUAAUAAAGGAUCGUACAAAAUCAACAACAGUUCGAAACACAAGUCGACGGACAAAUCCAACGACACGAGCGGUCAAAAGAAAUCGGAGAGCAAAUUCAAGAUACCGGAUGCCGCGAGCUCCGUCGGCUCGUAUCUGAGACAGAUCGGGAAAUCUAUCGGCGCCGUGGAAAAGGAAAAUAAAGCGAUUAACAACCGGAACAACGGCGCAAACUGCGUCGAUUCCGAUCCAAAGAAAAUAUCCGGCGAAGGUACAAAGCCAUCUGGCGGAUCGUAUCUGCGAAGAACGAAGAUAUCGCCAACCAAGGAAACAACAAAGAACGCGUUUUCUAAUAAUAAGGAAGUUAUUAAAAUUGAUUGCGCUUCGCCAAAAUCCGUAGACUCGAAAGUCCCACCGAGCAAAGAGAACGUUGUCGAAAACGCGGAUGUUAAGGACAGGCUGUCCAGACAGGAGAGCAACGUCUCCGACGUCGGUAGCAUUUUGUCCAGGCAGGGUAGCCUCACAGUGUUGGACCAUACGUCCAAAUACAAGGAUUACUCGCCGUUCAACACCUUUACGAAGGAUGAUUUUCGCAAGGAUGAUUUCUUCAACAAACAAACCUCCAACGUAUACCAAACGGACAGUUUUUAUUCCAAUUCCAGUAUUUCGAAGCCAGACGACUUCAUCAUAGCUAACAGACAAAAUGCGAGCAACGACGGUAAUUGUCCUGGCGUCAGAGCCAAACCAACGGGCGAUAAUUCGAAGAACCCGGUGACGACUUCGUCCAUUUACGUCGGCGGCGGUUUGAAGACGACGUGUUUGGCAGACUACGCCGGGUGUUACAAGAACGUCGAUGUUUCAAGACAGGACAGUUUUGGCUCCGAUAGCGCGCUUGGCACCAUGAAGAGCGAUUUCUUCGCGGAGAUCGAUUUCGCGCAGAUGAGAGACGGCCGACGUACACCGGAUUUGUGCCAUACACCUGAAAGGUGCUGUACACCAAACCGCCCGACAUCUCCGAUCGAGAGUACCGCUUUGUGAAUUAAAAACGCGAUAAGAAGGUAACAGCUUUACAGAAACGUCGAGAUAAUGUUCGUAAAAAAAAAAAAUUCUCGACGAUAAACGAGAAUCUCACUUGCUACUAAUUUGAUCUCUUUAUCGAUAAUAUAUAUAAGGUCCAAACGUGUAACGUGCUUAGUUCGCAGUAUUAACUUCUUAGCCAGAGAUUACUUCGUCCAUUAUCAUUAGUGCGUUAAGCGAAAUAAUGUUAUGUGUUGAUUUUAUUUUAUGAUGAGCGCGAUAUAUUUUGAUCUUUGUUGUCGAAAGUUUUUUUCCUAAAAAAAAAAAAACAGUCUUUUAUUUUGUUGUUGAAAUUGAAUUUGCAAUAUGUUGAAGAAAGUUGAAAAAAUAAAUAAUAUAGGUGCAAGAAAAAAAAGAACAGACGCAAAACUUCGAGCUAGAAAUGUUCCCCGUUUAUCGCAAAUCAAACCGCGUUAUCUUGCUGAAGAAAGUAAACGAUAACGCACACUCAGUAUUAAUGAAUUUCACUUGCUAUCAGUUUCUACGAAUUUCUCUAUAGAUCGUACUAUCAUCAAUUUAAUAACUAGGUGUAAGAGAACUUUUAUUACAUUCCUUUAUGAGAUCUUGCCACGCGAAGUUUUUAGAGAGUGGUAGUUCAGACUAUAAUUAAAAAAAAAAAAAAAAAAA